UGUUGUACGGGUAGUGAUGGGGUACACAUGGUGGAGUACAACGGUGGUGGCGCUCCUGGCGUCCCUAGCCUGUAGCCAACAAACAUACCACCUGUGUGUGCUGCCGCAGACACCAAACUAUUACUCUUCAGCAGUCAGCUGUGACAAGUUAGGCUCAACUCCCUUCAGAUGUGUCACUGCCACAGACAGGUUGGAUUGUAUGAAUAAAAUUAUUUCCGGAGAGGCAGAUUUUGCAGUGUUUGAAGCAGAAGAUCUCUUGAUGGCUGCCAACAACAAGCACCUCUCUGACAUUCUCAUCACUCACAGGAUCCAUGCUACAGAGGACAAAAAGUGGGAAUUUGCUGUUGUUGCUUUGGUUUCCAAUAAUGCAAAAAUUUCAAAGUUGUCUGACUUAAGAAACAAGAAACUUUGCCAUCCUGGUUUUGAUCCUUUUGCUGUCAAGUACGAUUGGAGUGAAGUCUUUUCCCUUUAUUUUGAGAACCGAGUUACUCCACAGAGCUGUGAGAAGGAUAUUUCCAUUGAGGAAAAUCGAGUUAAAGCUCUUGCAGGAUACUUCGGGAAAUCUUGUAAACCAGGCCAAUGGGCAUCAAACCCGGAGUUAGACCACAAACUCAAAAAAAAGUACCCCAAGUUAUGCGGACUGUGUGAUGUGCCCAGCCUAUGCUCGGAGAGAGACAAGUACUGGGGUAGACAGGGAGUUUUGUACUGCUUGUCUGACUGCCUGGGAGAUGUUGCCUGGUCCAUGCUCAAAGAUGCUCGGCUUCACUUCACAAGAGCAGAUGUUUCAGUUUGUGAAGAUGUCAGUCUGUUAUGUCCUGAUGGCUCCACUAUGCCCCUGAACUCUACAGAUCCAUGUGUCUGGGUUACCAGGCCUAUGCCUGUUAUUGCUGCCAGGAGAACAAAAGCAGAAGAUAUACAAAAGAAGCUGAAAGAAACCUUGUUGAAAGCUGAUACACCUGAUGACUUCAUCAAUCUGUUAGAGUCUCGCAUCUUUACUCCACCUCUUCAGCUGAAACCUAGCAUCACUCCUGAUGACUACUUGGCUACUGCCCCUGGAUACCUCAGUGCCAACUCCAUGUCAAGCUGUGGUCAAGAUAGUCGAGCUAUCAAUCUCUGUAUUGGCACACUGGAGGAGAAAAUCAAGUGUGACUGGCUGGCAGCUGUCUCGAGAGUUUAUGGUCUUCAGCCAACUCUCAACUGUAUCUACGGAGCCAACUGCCUUGUGUCUGUGGCUAACAAAUCUGCUGAUGUCACUAUUACUACCACAGACAAACUGCUGCCUGCAAUCAGAGACAAUGGCCUGCAACCACUGAUUGUUCAUCUACCCAAACAAUUGAAAAAAGCAAAAACAGUUGCAGCCAUAGUUAAAUCAAACUCAAAAAUUAACUCACUGUCAGAUUUGAGAGGGAAAAAAGCUUGCUUCUCCUCAGUGGAUGGUAUAGGAUGGACUUCAUUUGCAAUGUACCUACGAAACACUGAAGAGUGCCCCUAUACCAAGGCAAUGUCCAAGUUUUUCUCUGAUAUAUGCAUCUCCGAGCCUAGCUCUUCUGUGGCGCCUUACUCCAACAUCAAAGUUUGCUCGGAAUACAUUGCUGACAGAUGGUUUGAUCAAGGAGAGUUCGGCAAUUCACAAUACGACAAUGAAGCUUUGGCAUUUCAGUGUCUUGCAGUUGGAGGAGGAGACGUGGCAUUCAUUUCUAAAGAUUCUAUCCCAAAAUAUCUAAAAGAUCUGAACAACAACCCUGAUGCAGCAGGGCUGACAGUGGACAGUUUCAAAGCGUUAUGUGAAGGAACUAAGCAAGAUUGCUACCUCAGCUGGUCAAGCUAUAGCCAGGUUAUGGUCAGUGACAAAACAACGCCAGCAAAAAGAGAAGACAUCAUGGCUCUGUUUACAGGCCUCAAUAAUUUAUUUGGACAUUACAACAGUCCUUCAUCUCGGACUUUUAGCAUGUUUGCACCCAGCAAUACACUCUUUGAUACAGUGGAUUCAUCUGAGAUGGCAGAAGUAACUCAAGUACUGGAACAGUUUGAUCAUUUUAUUAAAAAGUCUGAGCCUCGACCCAAAAACUAUGAAAGAUCCGUUCCUUUAAUGACAACAUGUUCACCUUCGAAAGCCAGUUUUAUAGACAAAGAAAAUUUAAUUAUCUACAUUUCUUUUUUAUCUACAAUUGUUGCUUACAUUUAAACAAACUGUAUAAGUAAUUGAUCAUAGAGUAAGAGACUGAGACUGAAUUCCCAAAUAUUACAGAUAAAGAUAUAUUUUAAAGCUUA